UGUCAGCUAGUCUAUCACAAUCGCAUCACAACCAGGACAAGGAUGGCAAAAAGAAACACACCCGGCCGACCUUCAGUGGGCAACAAAUCUUCGCCUUGGAGAAAACCUUCGAACAGACCAAAUAUCUGGCGGGUCCAGAACGAGCAAAGCUAGCGUACGCACUGGGGAUGACGGAGUCUCAGGUCAAGGUGUGGUUCCAGAAUCGGCGUACCAAAUGGCGCAAGAAACAUGCGGCCGAAAUGGCAACCGCCAAGCGGAAACAGGAAGAGCUAGGCGAUGGUGAUGGAGACUGCAGUGAACCAAUGGACUCGGACUCGGAAAGUUUAGACCUGGUCGAUACCGGCAGCAGCAGUCGGAAGCGCUGCAGGAUGGAGGAUGAUAUGAGGCAUUAGUAUAAGGGACGGGUUUGCUGCUGAAUAGCUUGUUGAGUUUGAACUUUCCAUUGCUGUGAUCAGAGGAUUGGAACAUUUUGUUUUUUUUUUCAACGUUAUAGAAAAGAGAAUCUUUUACAGUAGCGCCUUUUACAACAAUAAUUUUCUGGAGUUAUAUGAACCUCUGACAUUCCCAGAUCUAGUUACCGGUAGUGACUCUCGUCGAACCGGAGUGAACCCACUGUAUAAAUUUAUGAGAAUUAAUAUAAAAAGGCAUUUUACACGAGGCCAACUAACAAGCUGAGCAUAAACUCAUGAAUUCGCAGAUGAAAUUAAAGAGCAAAAAUCGAAUUUACUAUACAUUAAUUUAACUGAAACUAAUUUUAGAGUACGUCAAGAAUUGAAUAGGUAAAGUGAAGUGUGAAACAAAAUCGAGCGCUAGGAGAUCUGAAUGAAUGUGGUUUUAAAGAUGUGAUCCAUAGUAAUUAAAACUGUAUUAAAUGA